UCUCUGUACUAUUUAGAGAUAAUCAUGGAGAUGAAAGGCUUCACAUCUCCAUCUCCAUCUUCCUGCAAGGUUUUAAUGGCGGCCAUUGUUGCUCUUUUGGUCCUUAUAAGCUCAACCAUGAAGAAUUGCUCGGCGACCACCACAAAAUCCAGCGAGAUCAAUUUCAUUCACUCUUCCUGUGCAUCCAUUUUGUACCCCAACCUAUGUUACAGUUCUCUCUCUCCCUACGCAAGCUCCGUAGGAACAAACAGCACGAGACUGGCCAUAGUGGCCCUGAAAUUAAGCUUGAGCGCCACACGGAACUCAUCCGCCUUGGUCACCAUGCUCUCACGGAGAGUUGGCUUGAUGUCCAAUGAGACGGCUAACAUCAAAGACUGCGUUGUUGAGGUUGGAGAUGCUACAGAUCAGCUGAAGCAGUCUUUGGAGGAGAUGAACCAUCUGGGUGGCCCUAAUUUUGAGUUCAACAAAAAUAGUAUACAGACUUGGGUCAGUGCAGCAAUGACUGACCACCAGACUUGCUUGGAUGGAUUGGAUAGGCUCAAUGGGCUGGUGGAGAAGCAAAUCAAGAACAGUGUGACGACUGCUUCCAGGUUGAUCAGCAAUGCUUUGGCAAUCAUUAACAGCCUCACCUCUAACUCGAACUAAAGUCUUAAGUCCAAGUCCAAAGGAACAGUAACCCCCUAGCAGUUCCUUUUGUUCCUUCUGUGUUGGCAGUAUUUCAUAUUCAUUACAUAAAAUCUAGUUCCUCUCCCCUGCUGCAGGUAAC